UGUGGCAAUAACUUCGCAUUGUUCGGAGACAUACAGAGGAUCUAAGGAGUAUCACUGGAGACAAAACCGACAGAAUCGGGGCAAAGUCAGACUUAACCUCAACUUACUGCGGCAGAUCACAACUUACUAUGUUUCCUGGAUUAUUGCAUAAGGUGUCAAGAUAUAAAUAUAAUCAUCACGUGGCUUUUGAGGUGAAAUUCUGCUGCAUUUUGGCGCGUUGUCAACCUGCCAGCAAGGGGGCAGAGGAAGAACUCCAUCACUGUCAUUCCGUACAAAGCCCUGCAAACUCUCAUGCAGCCUUCUCUCUGUACGCAGGAACCCUGGGUGCUCCAGCUGCCAGCAUCUCAUGUCAGGUUGUUUGGGUCGGUCUGAUUGAGAUUAAUACAAAGAACUGCUCCACCCCCUCAAGGCAGCAUGGGAUACUGAGAUUAAGUGCAUUUACGCUCACUGCUGUGCAGAAGCGGCUUUUUAAAACAACUGCGAUUUAGUAUCCUGCUUUGUCACCAGGACUCUACCAGUUUCUGUGUGUGGGGCCUAGCGAGGCCAGAGGAGGACACUUGCAUAGGCAGGGGUUGCCCUGACGAGAUGUUAUGAUGGCAUGAUGCCACAUGUGUGAAACCGUUGUGAGAACAGCUGUCCUGUCUCAUCGGAGCCAGGCCAUGGGAAAGGGGUGAAGUGAAGAAAUUGGGCGGGAGAUAGCCUGAAGGGGGAUGCACUGCAGGGGAGCGGGAUACUCCCAGGAUGCCCCUCUCUGAAGAAAAGAUGUACAUCACUUGUAUAAACCACCUCCAGGGGAAACGCAGAUGGAAACAGGGCUUUGUAUAUUCUCCAGCAAUCUGGUGAUCAUUAGUCCCUUGAUGAGGUGCACGGUGUGGUCACUUCACGUGAUUGGUUGUCUGCACUUUCAAUCGGAUUUGCAAGGACAAUUUCAGCUUAUUGAAUUGUGCUUAUUUAGCAGUAAAGGGGUAGACUAAGAAGGAAGCUUGAUCUGUAAACUCGUUUUUCUUCCUCACUUGUGCACUAAAAUAUUGAAGAGAGGUAUUCUGGGAAUAGCACGGAGGCCUGUGGGAGAAGGGAAUGCACAGAAGAGAGAAAGGACAAAGAAAGGAAGCAAUUAAAAAUGCAGCGUAAUUGGAAUUUCUGUUGUGUUGAAGACUGUCAGCAGACUGAACACUAUUUCUCAAUGUACAUUAGUCAACCCAUGGGCAAGAUUUACUUGGUUUGGAAAGCCCCUAUCUGACAGAGAAAAAAGAAAAAUUGAAUCACAGAAGAGGAGAAGGCACACUAUCAACAAUCUAUACACACUUGCCGUUUCAGACUAAUUAUAAAGUUCUUAUUGUUCAGGCAGCUGAGGAAAAGCUUGUAAAAUACCCCAAGAGAUGUCUGUUCUUGUUAUGUUAAUUGUGACUGUGGCAUCUCAGUUUCCCACAAGUCUUUGCGGGAGACUCCUGGAAGCUCCUGCUAGCAGACAGGGACAGGAGCAAAAUGUAAAAGCAUCUGAGAUGACAGGUAUUUGCUGAAGAUAUGAGAGAUUUGUGUUGUGCAUUCUACUUUUGCUUAAGCAAAACGCACAACAUAAUCUUUUAUUUCGGGUCUUGACAGCUUGCAGAGAAAAGCAUCACCAUAAAACUGAAAUCUAUACAUAUUGAUCUCUGCACAACAAAUCCCAAUUCUGGCACCAGCGACAUCAUCAUACAUUCGUUUUAGACAGUCACUGAAGCUGAUGGGUUAGAAAUGAAAAAGAGACAGCAGGUUCCAGUAAAAAGUAAAAAAAAAUAAAAAUAAACAGCCCGCUGCUUAUUUAUUGCUAGGGCUCCUGUGAAAAGGGCAAAUAAAAUCCACCCUCCUGUUUAUGCUUUUUGUGUAAAUGGCAUUGUGUCAGACCGCAGAAAGGCUGAGAAACAUGUGCAUGAGUCUUACAGCCACAAACCCAUAACUUCAUCUGCACAUGUGGAGGCGUAUGCGGAGGAGGAGCCGCUGCACCCAGAAGGAAAACCUGAAAGCAAAGGUAUCUCCUUUGUAGUGGCCAUAACUACCUGUAGUUCAUAGUAAUAGUGAAGUAGAUUUAUCUUAAAGGCCUACUCCAAUGAAAAUUGUGCUUUUAUCAUGUUCUUGUGGCUUUUUUUUGAUGAUGGCAGAUAUAUUGAAAAAAUUAAUCUUAAAAUCGCAGAUGAAAAAAAAAAUGUUGUCACACUUGAUUUUAUCUUUGUGAGAUUUAAAAAGACCACACUUUCUUAUUUGGUCGGUGCUAGAAUUGUCAGUUUCACAUCUACCAAACAAAGAGGAAAAAGAACAAGCCAUUUGGAUCUGAAUAUAGGGAGCUCAUAGUAUGUUUUGGUUUUUCAUUGCAACAAUCACAGCAAAACUAAAAUGUCAAGAUACAUCAGAGCUGUCACAAGAUUUAUUUUUAAAUAGUUGUCACAUACAGAGGCAUUUCUGACCACAUCACGAAAAAAUAUAUAUAUUAAACUCGGAGGAAUAAGUCACCAUAAAAAGCGAGCAAAGUCACUGUUAAUAAUUGUAACAUGGAACUUGUAUUGAAAGAUGUUCACUGUUUGUACCAUGCUGGUCAGCUAGAUCAUAUAGAAAUGUCUUUAUAUUGUGCUUUUCACACCAAUGCAAUCAAUACAGCAAACAUGACUGGCUAAACAAAUAAACAGAUUAAAGGUGCAUUGGAAUAAGUCAAGUGUGGAUGCUUUAAAAUAUUUUCUAUUAGUAUCUCAAUAUAAAUGUCCUUAAAAUUUCACAAAAGAUAAUCGCUUCUAUAAAAUAAAGCGGUACCCCAUCAGUCCUAUUAAGUCAUAAUGUCCAUGUACUGUACGCUGUCACACUUGAUUAUCGCUUUCACGUUUCCUCUCUCCGCUGCUGGAAAAAAUCUGCAAAAUGAAAGUUGGCAUUAAUGUAAUCACGUUUUCGUCCAGUUGCAUCGUUAAAGUCGGCAAUAUAUGUUCCAAUGAAGAAGAUGUGAGGUUGAUUGGCCCCACUCCUCUGCUUAACUCAGGAGCUGCUUGUAUAGAGACAUCCUUGCUCGCCAUCUGAGAUUGUUCAGCUUUAAUCAUUUGCUACAGUUAUCGGGACGCGGCAUGCUGGCACUGCGUUCCUAAUGACUAAAAACCUAAUGUAAUUACAAACAAAUAAGCUCAUUAACGUAGGACGACAAGCUUUGCUGUGCUGAGACAGCAUAAAUGAAGUGUUUGGCAUUCAGUUCCACAAUCUAGAAUGCAAACGGUUUAGGAAAUCAUCAAUUUAAUUGUACAAUACAGGAAUUUCAUUUUUAUCGAGUAUUCAGGAUUCAGAGACAACAUAUCUUGCAGGUUGCCAGAAACAGAAAAAAAAUACAUUGUGUUGCAUUAACAUUUAAUUAUUUUAGAUCCAAAAAGGACACAUUGAUGAAACUUGUCUUGCUGCAAUCAACUGAGCAGGACGAGCAGGCGCACAUGAGAACAGUUUUUGCCCUCAAAGCCACAAACAAAAAUGCCACACUUUUUGUUUGUUAAUAAUAUCGUUGGUGCGUCAGGCCCCCACAGUGCUGAGGAGCAUGGAGCUGAUGGCCACAAAGCAACAGCUUCCUCGCAGGAUGGGGAACAAGUUUCCCACAUGCUUGAGGGUCACACACAUGAGACUCAUGGCCACAAAACCACAACCACAGCGAGCAAAGAGGAGGAGCACACAGGAAGCAAAGCUGACAAGAAAGACUCCCACACGUUUGAAGGGCAUAACACUGUUGGCCACAGAACAACCGCACCUCAACACAAAGAAGAACAUUCAAAGGCUGAACAUUCAGCUUCCCACAUGUUUGAGGGAUACUCACACAACCCUCACACAACCUUGUCAGUUCAACAUGGGGAGAAAACACAAGAAGAGCAUUACGACAAAGGAGACCGCCAUUCAUUUGUUGAACAACCACCUGGGACCCAUAGCUCUGCUAAUGCCCAUAAUUCCCAUGGAGGUCCUAACUCACAUGAAACCAGUAGUGGACAUGAAAUGUCUCAUAGAAGUCUUAGCUCACAUGAUUCCAGUGGCGGACAUGGUUCUCCUCAUGGGAGUCAUGUCUCACAUAAAACGAGUAGUGGACUUGAGACUUUUUAUGGAAGUCCUAGGCCACAUGAAGCUGGUGGACAUGAGACUCUUCAUGAAAGUCAUAGCUCACAUGAUACCAGUAGUGGGCAUGGGUCUCCUCAUGGAAGUCCUGGUUCACAUGAUACUGGUGGAUAUGGGACUCCUCAUGAAAGUCAUAGCUCACAUGACACUGUUGGACAUGAGACUCCUCAUGAAAGUCAUAGCUCACAUGAUACCAGUAGUGGGCAUGGGUCUCCUCAUGGCAGUCAUAGCUCACAUGAUACUGGUGGACAUGGGACUCCUCUUGGAAGUCAUAGCUCACAUGAUACCAGUAGCGGUCAUGGGUCUCCUCAUGGAAGUCAUAGCUCACAUGAUAUUGCUGGACAUGGGACUCCUCGUGGAAGUCAUAGCUCACAUGAAGCUGGUGGACAUGGGUCUCCUCAUGGCAGUCAUGGCCCACAUGAGACUCCUCAUGGAAGUCAUACCUCCCAUGAGACUCCCCAUGGCAGUCAUAGCGAACAUGAGACUCCCCAUGGCAGUCAUAGCGAACAUGAGACUCCCCAUGGCAGUCAUAGCGAACAUGAGACUCCCCAUGGCAGUCGUAGCGAACAUGAGACUCCCCAUGGCAGUCAUAGCGAACAUGAGACUCCCCAUGGCGGUCAUAGCGAACGUGAGAUUCCCCAUGGUGGUCAUAGCGCACAUGAGAUUCCCCAUGGUGGUCACAGCACACAUGAGACUCCCCAUGGCAGUCACAGCGCACAUGAGACUCCUCAUGGCAGUCACAGCGCACAUGAGACUCCUCAUGGGAGUCACAACACACAUGAGACUCCUCAUGGCAGUCACAGCUCACAUGAGCCUCCUCAUGGCAGUCACAGCGCACACGAGACUCCUUAUGGCAGUCACAGCGCACACGAGACUCCUUAUGGCAGUCACAGCGCACAUGAGACUCAUCAUGGCAGUCACAGCGCACAUGAGACUCCUCAUGGGAGUCACAACACACUUGAGACUCCUCAUGGCAGUCACAGCACACAUGAGACUCCUCAUGGCAGUCACAGCACACAUGAGACUCCUCAUGGCAGUCACAGCGCACAUGAGACUAUUCAUGGCAGUCACAGCGCACAUGAGACUCCUCAUGGGAGUCACAGCGCACAUGAGACUCCUCAUGGGAGUCACAGCGCACAUGAGACCCCUCACGGGAGCAUUAGCGCACAUGAGACUUCCCAUGGGAGUCACAGCGCACAUGAAACACCUAAUGGAAGUCAUAGCUCACAAGAGACUCCUCCUGGAAGUCAUAGCUCACAAGAGACUUCUCAUGGGAGUCAUAGAUCACAAGAGACCCCUCACGGGAGCAUUAGCGCACAUGAGACUUCCCAUGGGAGUCACAGCGCACAUGAGACCCCUCACGGGAGCAUUAGCGCACAUGAAACACCUCACAGAAGUCAUAGCGCACAUGAAACACCUCAUGGAAGUCAUAGCGCACAUGAGCCUCCUCAUGGCAGUCAUAGCGCACAUGAGCCUGCUCAUGGGAGUCAUAGCGCACAUGAGACUCCUCAUGGGAGUCAUAGCGCACAUGAGACUCCUCAUGGGAGUCAUAGUGCACAUGAGACUCCUCAUGGGAGUCAUAGCGCACAUGAGACUCCUCAUGGGAGUCAUAGCGCACAUGAAACUCCUCAUGGGAGUCUUAGCUCACAUGAGACUCCUCAUGGGAGUCGUAGCUCACAUGAGACUUUUCAUGGUAGUCGUAGCGCACAUGAUCCGCCUCAUGGGAGUCAUAGCGCACAUGAGAGUCCUCAUGGGAGUCAUAGCGCACAUGAGACUCCUCAUGGCAGUCGUAGCGAACAUGAGACUCUUCAUGGUAGUCAUAGCGCACAUGAGCCGCCUCAUGGGAGUUAUAGCGCACAUGAGACUCCUCAUGGCAGUCAUAGCGCACAUGAAACUCCUCAUGGCAGUCAUAGCGCACAUGAGCCGCCUCAUGGCAGUCAUAGCGCACAUGAGCCGCCUCAUGGCAGUCAUAGCGCACAUGAAACUCCUCAUGGCAGUCAUAGCGCACAUGAAACUCCUCAUGGCAGUCAUAGCGCACAUGAGCCGCCUCAUGGCAGUCAUAGCGCACAUGAGCCGCCUCAUGGCAGUCAUAGCGCACAUGAGCCGCCUCAUGGCAGUCAUAGCGCACAUGAAACUCCUCAUGGCAGUCAUAGCGCACAUGAGACUCCUCAUGGCAGUCAUAGCGCACAUGAGACUCCUCAUGGCAGUCAUAGCACACAUGAGACUCCUCAUGGCAGUCAUAGCACACAUGAGACUCCUCAUGGCAGUCAUAGCGCACAUGAGACGCCUCAUGGAAGUCAUGGCGCACAUGAGACGCCUCAUGGAAGUCAUGGCGCACAUGAGACGCCUCAUGGAAGUCAUGGCGCACAUGAGACGCCUCAUGGAAGUCAUGGCGCACAUGAGACUCCUCAUGGGAGUCAUAGCUCACAUGAGACGCCUCAUGGGAGUCACAGCACACAAGAGACUCCCCAUGGGAGUCAUAGCACACAUGAGACUCUUCAUGGGAGUCAUAGCGCACAAGAGACUCCCCAUGGGAGUCAUAGCGUACAUAAGACCCAUCAUGGAAGUUUGCAUGCAAGUCAUAACUUGCAUGAGACUGGUAGACAUGACCAUGGUAGUUCACAUCAGACCCCUGAACCCCAUGAAACGCAUAGCCAGCACCACCAGCAAGGGGCUCAUAGACCACAAGGAGCUCAUAACUCGCAUCGGCCACAUAACCUUCAUGGAUAUCAACACGUGCAUCGGACCUAUAGGCCAUCGUUUCACCACCAGCUGGAAAGUGAAGCGCACCAUGAAAGAUCAGGGCGCGAAAGAGGAGGUCACGGGACCACAAAGCACACUUCUGGUAAAGAGGAAGAGGAGACAGAAAAAGACAAAAAGAAAGGGCUUCUGCAACUGUUGAUCUCAGGAGAGCCCCAAGCCAAACAGUUGUUUGGAAUCAUAUACGAUGAUUUCAAAGACUGUGAGUGCUACGGCCACUCCAACCGCUGCAGCUACAUCGACUACCUGAACAUCGUCACGUGCGUCAGCUGCAAGCACAACACCAGAGGCCAGAACUGCCAACACUGCAGGCUGGGAUACUUCCGCAACGCCUCUGCCGAACUGGAUGAUGAGAACGUCUGCAACGAGUGCAACUGCAACCAAAUGGGCGCUGUUCAUGACCGGUGUAACGACACGGGCUUCUGCCAGUGCAAAGAGGGAGCCACAGGGGCCAAAUGUGAAGACUGCCUGCCAGGAUACUACUGGAAACAAGGCUGUUACCCCAACGUUUGCGAUGAAGAGAUGCUCCUGUGCCAGAAUGGAGGAACGUGCUUCCAGAACCAGAAGUGUAUGUGUCCUCCAGAGUUCAAAGGGGUACUGUGCCAACAGUCCCGCUGUGAGGCGGGGAAGGACUGCAAUGGCGCCUCUUCGCCGCACAUCUGCACAGUCACACUGCUGCUCUGCUCUCUGCUAACUCACAUGUUGGCCACGUUAGCACCCCACUGAGCCACGAUAACCGCCGUUCUGACGAUGGAGUGUGCACACGAGUACGAGGCAACAAUUGGCCCAAAAGUUGUGAAAGCCAAUCAAGACAUGGACCUCAGUAAACGCACACAACAGCACUCUUAUAAGCACCCACAAAAAACACUACCUAGCCCCAUCCUCUUUUGCAAACAUGCACCACGCAGGACUGUUAUAUAUCACUGAGCGUGUGCUCAGGUGUGAGAAAGACAAGCAGGAGCAACCUCAGAGAAAAAGAGAUGCAGUCAAAGAGGAAGGAAAAAAAAAAAAAAGUCAUGCCAACCACUGUUCCCUUUAUUCCUCAGCAGGAGCAAUCUGCAUCAAACCAAAAAGUAUAAACACUCAAACUCACUACUGUCUCACUUCAAAGGGAAUGGCUGUUGUAACCACGAGGACGUUUUCUUUCCUUUUUCUUGUUUGGGUUGGGGAUGUCACCUCUGUCAGACUGACGGCCCUCGUGUGCUGGUCAGGCUCAGCGUGAGGACGAGACAAGAUGAAUUGACAGAUGGGUUAGGGGGUGCUUGUUUGAUUCUGCUGCUGAAGCCUACAUCAUAUUAAGCAGGUUUCAUUUUUGUUUUCUCUCAGAAAUGAGACUUGAUUUGAAAUUUACUCUAUUUCUGCUGCAUUGUUUUUUUUUAUUAUACCUUAAAUCAUUGUAUUUAAAUGUGCCCACUAGCAGUUGCUGAGACUAUACAUAUAUACUAUCCAGGGGAUUAUGAAUUCUUAACAAAAAAAAGUAAUUUAGUCACUGUUAUGGUUGUUUGUAGGAAUGAGUGAUUGUUGCCACACUUAAGGAGAUUUAAACUUCACGCAGUAUUCAGGAAAGCAGAGUUUAACAGGUUUCAAUUAAUCAGAAGUCUAAAGAAAAGAGGGAACUAUGAACCACGUAUUAAUAUUAUAUGACUUUAUUUGAAUAUUUUUUGUAGAAAUUAUUUUUGUUUGAAGUUACAAUAAAUUAUAAAAAACAACUACAAAAAAAACUAUUUCAAAUGUGCAUUUUUAUUACACCAAGUGUAAAGCUUACAGUAAAUAUGACUGUUAUUUGCCUUUUUGCUUGUUUGUUAUCAUUCACCUACGUCUCAAGCAUUUUUAAAGAGGGGAAAAAAAAGCUAUGAAUGCUUAUAUAUCUUUUUUUUCUUACUCCAAAAAUGUUUUUUUCCUCAUUUUAACAGAUUGCUCUGAAAAGCCUAUCUAAUUUAGUUUUAAGAUUUUGAGAAAAUAAAAUAAAACAACAAUAAACAGUCGACAGAAAUCACUGGAUAAAGUUACAACAGCAAUAAAUAUAAGCUGCAACACCUUUAAUAAUAGCAUAAUAAAAAUUGGAGUGAAAGAUGGAAAAGAACAGAAAAAAAUCCCUCAUUCCACGUGAAAAACCAAGGAUUAAAAAAAAAAAAAAAAAGGACUAAAAAUUGUAAUUGGGACAAAUUUCGAUGCAAAUCAUUUCAUAGUUUGGAGGAGACAACAUAAAAAUCCCUUCUGAUCAUUUCCAUCUUGACUAGAUUUGACACCAAUGAACCUCCUCCUAAAAAUCAGGCAAAUUUGUAGGACAAACAGGCUGUUGGAACACACACCUAAGUGAAGCUGCUCUGGAUCUAAAGCUGCGUUCACACUUGUGGUGUUGACUCCCGUUUAAUCGACCACUUUCAAUGAAAAGUCUGCGUAAAGUAAGUUCAACCUGAAUUUCGGGCUUCCGAGUCCAAAACUCUUGCACUCACGCAUCACUACAAAUGUUUUUAAGUCUGGUCGCAGGUUCUGCGUACAAAUCGCCCAUACAAAUCGAUCAAAUCGAUCAUUGAUUGCACGCUGGAAGUUCAACCUGAAAUUUUUAGCUAUUAAAACGCGACAACGCUAAACAGUGACCAGUCAGGGACUCUGAUUUAGUAGUGACGUGUGAGUCGUCUCCUUUUCCAAAACACGAAAGUGUCAACCAUUGUAAGUGUGAUCACAAAGGAGAAACUGAUAAUGGCACCUUUGCUGCCCGGCUGGAAUUAUUAGACACAUAGUCUUUCGUUAAUCGGAAAAGAGCUGUGAAAGGAAAAGCCUGGAGCAAGAUUUGCACCACUUCAACAUUUCACAUCAACCCUCAUUCCACUGUUGGUGGUGGACAUUCGCUAGUAAACAGUAAAAACCAAAAAACAAAAGAAGAAGCUCCCUCCCUGCUGCGUCCUGCUUGUCUGGUGUGAACACCACUGGUUGAAGUUGCGUUUAUGAAGCGUUCUCAAUCGCAUCACACGUGCAUUGUGAAAGCAGGAAAUGGAUUUGAUCAUCACUUGUCAAUCUCAGGGCCACAUCCCUACAGUUUGUGCAACUUCAAUUUAAAUUUGAAAUAAAGAUGAUUGGGUCUGUAAAACGUGCUUAUAGUUGUCAUAAAUACACAAUAUUUCAGCAGAAAUUGAAGAGGUCUUUGGAUCCAGACGAAGUAUAUUUAUUUUUUAUUAUUUUACACGGAAAUGGGUGUGACUGACUUGAAAACUUCCUAAAGAUUUUUUUAUCUACACAUAAUCCUGAUCAAUUUUAUUCUUAAAUAACCAAUAAUCCAAGUAGCCUUAAUUAUGAUAAUGAAAUUUUUAGCCUAAAUUAAAAAAAAAAAACUAUCGUUUUCUAGGACAGUUUCUGUGGCUCGGCAGGAGUUCAUUAGAAAUUAUUAGUUGUGGGUGGGACCGUUGUUAUGGAGCACCCCCCCCCCCCCUACACACACACACGCACACACACACAUUGGUGAAAGCUUUACGUUUUCAGGCACUCACACUAGCUCAAACCCAAAACCUAACAGCAAAAAUAAAAAUGAGGAGAAAUAUUAGAACUGUCCAGCCAUGCAGUUCUUAGGCAGGUGCCAGCUCGGACGAGAUAUACGAAGACGUACAGGAAUCUAGUCGUUUACAAGUGUAUGCAUCAGAGAGGAGCAGAGCAGAGGGAGCUUGAGGCCUGUCCAGCAUUUUUUCUUUGUAACAAAUAGUCAUUUUUUUCGUCUGCUCCUGAUUCACAACCAUUUGAAUAAAGAAAUAUUCAGAAUUGCAAUUUUAAUCCUUCUAUUCUUUAUGUCCUUAUCAACAGAAAAAUGCCACAAGACGUGUUAAAAAAUACGAAAAUCAACCCUUAUCAGAGUGAGUCUUUAAAAUUUUUAGUCUUGUUGGGAAAAUAUAAACAUGUGAAGUCACAAAGCUUUGCAGUGAACAAAGAAUGCAAUCUUUUUCUGAGCAUGUAUUGAUGUAAAGCAAUUUUUCCUCAUAAUAUACGCUAUUGAGAUACACAAGGGCCCAAAACACUAAUGCCAGACUAAUCUUGCACUCAUCACCUCUUGUAAGCUCCUCCAGGCAUGUUGUCUGCAGCAAAAAAAAGCCCUUCAAGGCAUCAUUUUACAGAGAUGCUUUACUGCUGAGUCAGUCGUAGCAAAAAAGCUAGAGACACAAAGCUGCAUCACAUCCCAACCCAAGAUAAAAGCCAGACUAAGCCAUGAAGAAAUAGCAGGAUUGAGCCUCUCUCCAUUCUUUCUGAGCUGGUAUUAUGUUGCAGCUAUACUGUGUGUAAAAUUAUGUGAAAACUGAAUCUCCAAGAAAAAAAAUAUAUAUAUAUAAAUAAUUGUCCGAUAAUCUAAUUGGUACAGAUGGAUGGACUUUGUCAGACAGUGAUAUCCAGUUUAUUUCCUGGCUGUUUGGAAAGUUGGUGUCAGACGUGGGAUUCAAUUGGAAGACUGAAAUGUCAAAGUUUAAAAAGGGCACAGAAGAGAAUUUUAAAUCUUUUGAGAAAACGAAACUAAUUGAGGAAUUAAAGGGGGAAAAAAACUCAAGACUAAAAUCUAUUUGAGAAGCAGGGCAUCUAACUGGGAUCUUGCAGCUUUAUCUAAAACCAGGUUGAUCCAUAUAUACAUGGGGAAAACUAAUCAGAAGCCUAAAAACAGCUGCCGUGUUUGAAACAGUAACCAGGCAAGUAACAGGGAAGACUUUCAUAGUCAAAGAUAAAGCGUACAGCCUCCAACAGUAAGCACUAUAUUUCAACAAGUUCACGUCUGAUUGGCAAGAGUGGUUGUCAUAGAAACAAUGACUCAGACCAAUUUGGACCAGUCACUGCUUACCGAUGUUGUCCGGCUCCAACAUGGCAGCAUCCAUAAUUAAGAGAAAAAUGGCGACUGUAUUUACUUCAUUUCAUUGGAAUAGGAAGUAAGACAUUUUCUAUUUCUCAUAUAUAUAUUUAUAUAUAUGACUGUAUAUUUUAUGACUGAUUUCGUGUUCUUAUACAAUUACCAGUAUGAUACAAUUACCAAAUAAACACAAUUGAAUUGAAACCCCUCAGUCCAACCACU